CUCGUUUCAAUUAGUCACGAGUAUUCCUCCUUCCUCGAAGUCGAACCUUUCCUGCGGUAGCAAUCACCAUGCAGACAGUUAACUCAAAAGUCAAUCUCUUGCCGGCCUCGGAUAUCAUUGAUGCACUGCAGAACAUUCUGCAUUCACAUGGAAUUAUUGGACCAGACCUCGAAACCCCGUACUACCGAGCCAUUUUACCAAAUACUCACGUCCCUGCCAUCGAGCUCAACGGCGAGAGAAUAGGCACAAUCGUCGCCGCACGCCAGGAGCAGCUGGAUGCAGUUUUGCGCGACAUCUCAGGUCUAGAAGCGAUCACGGACGGCAUAAAAAAUCUUCACCAGCAACUCGUCGAACAGAAAGACCAAAUCACGCAGUCCAUGACUUUCCACAAGGGACUCGUAUCGUCUCUCUGCCGCUUGCCCACUGAAGUCUUAUCCCAAAAUUUCCACCACUGUCUCCCAGGAGACAAGUACAUGUCACCUGUAUCAAAGUUUUCCCCCAUGCUGCUGACUAGAAUAUGCCGACAAUGGAGGGAAAUUGCUGUGGAUAUGCCCAGUUUAUGGUGCAUGUUGUAUGUGACAAUCGACAUCGGCAGAGUUAGGGAAGAGGAAUAUUUGGACGACGACAGUUAUUCGGAUGAGUCAGAUGUGGAAGUCGACAACGGAGACUGGCAGCGAGCAGCUGUCUUCUAUAACUCCUGGCUCAAGAGAUCACGAGGACGCCCGCUCUCGUUGGUGGUCGAGCGCUGCCACACAGCCAAGCUACGACGAAGCCUUCUUCAGCCUUACAUCGAUCAAAUCUCAUGUCUCUCUAUACGUUUUUCAUGAGGAGAGGGUGGAACUCGAUUUCUGUUAAAAGACAUACCAGCACUUCAAGAGCUGGUCAUAGUAGGGACGAGAGAUACUGAUAUUGAUGAU